AUGAUAGCGGAAUAUGCGAAUUUGCCGUUAAUUCCGCCGUUUUUGGAACCGGGAGAUAGUCAAAAGAAGCUUUACGGCGUCAACUUUGCAUCUGCUGGAGCUGGUGCUCUUGUAGAAACGUUCCAAGGUUCGGUGAUAAGUUUGAGCACACAAUUGGAUCACUACAACAAAGUGGAGAGAUUGUGGAGGAGAAAAUUUGGUAAAGAAGAAAGCAAGAAAAGGAUCUCAAGAGCUGUCUAUUUGAUAAGCAUCGGGUCCAAUGACUACUCAAGCCAUUUCUUGACUAAUCAAUCUCUUUCCAUUUCAAUGUCUCAACAUGUUGACAUUGUCAUUGGUAAUUUGACUACAUUUAUUCAUGAAGUAUACAAGAUUGGAGGAAGGAAGUUCGGGUUCUUGAAUGUCCCGAAUUUGGGUUGUUUUCCGGCUUUACGAAUACUACAACCAAAGAAUGAUUCUUGCUUAAGAGAUGCUUCGAAAUUAGCAGAAAUGCAUAACAAAGCUCUUUCAAAUCUUUUGUUUAAGAUGCAAAGACAAGUCAAGGGCUUCAAGUUCUCCCUCUUUGACAUGAACAAAAGCCUUAGACUCAGAAUGCACCAUCCUUCUAAAUUUGGGUUUAAAGAAGGGGAAGAAGCAUGUUGUGGAACAGGGAAGUGGAGAGGAGUAUUCAGCUGUGGAGGGAAGAGACUUGUGAAGGAAUAUAAAUUAUGUGAGAAUCCUAAUGAUUAUAUUUUCUGGGAUUCACUUCAUCUCACCCAAAAUACUUAUAAGCAAUUUGCAAACCUAAUUUGGAAUGGUGGGCACAUGUCAGAUUCUCUAGUGGUUGGCCCAUACAAUGUCAACAAACUAUUUCAGAUUCCUUAAUUUGUAUGUAUGACACUAAUUAUAGACAUUGAUAUUUUAUUCUUUUCCUCAACCAUUGUUUGUUCAUUAAUGGUUCCAAAGAUCAAAACAAUAUACUUCGAUCGUUUUUUUUUUUACUUUUCAUUUACCCGAGAUCGUGUG